AUGGCGCAUAAAUCAGGACUCACCUCUCCCCCGCCUCCACCCAUCCUCGUCUCAGAGUCGAGCCUUAUUAAGUUGUCCUAUUCCAUUUCCUCUGCUUUCUCCUCUCAGGUUCCAGAGAAGCAGUGGGAAAAUGCCACCUGGCUGGUGACGGAGUUCAUGCUGGUGGGUUUCUCCACCUUCCCAGGCCUGAGGACCACCCUCUUUGCACUGUCCUUCCUCACAUACUUGGUUACCCUGGGUGGCAAUGUUACCAUCAUCACCAUCAUACAUGCGGAUCGGACCCUUCACACUCCCAUGUACCGCUUCCUGGCCGUGCUGUCCCUCUCUGAGACCUGCUACACGCUGGUCACCAUCCCCACCAUGCUGGGUCAUCUGCUCAUGGAGAGUGGAGCUAUCUCCAUCCCUGGCUAUUGGGCUCAGAUGUUCUUCUACCUGGGCCUGGGAUGCACCCACUGCUUCCUCCUUACCCUGAUGGGUUACUACCGCUGCGUUGCCAUCUGUCAUCCCCUGCGUUAUUGGGUGAUCAUGAGACCCACAGUUUGCCUCUACCUGGGAGCCCUGGUUUUCUGCUUCGGGUCCUCGGUGGCCUUGAUCGAGACCAGGCUGAUCUUCUCCUCGCCCUUGUGCCGCAGCGAACGCGUGGAACACUUCUGCGACAUCACGCGUAUCCUCGUGGUGCUGGUCGCCUUCCUCAUCCUCCUCUCCUACACCUUCACUGUGGCCGCCCUCCUGAGGAUCCCCUCAGCAGCCGGCUGGCACAAGCCCUUCUCCACCUGUGCGGCCCACAUCACCGUGGUCAUUGUGCAUUUCGGCUGCGCCUCCAUCAUCUACCUGAGGCCUGAGUCCAGAGGGAACCCGGACCGGGACCGCCUGGUGGCUGUGUUCUACACGGUGGUGACACCGCUGCUGAACCCGGUGGUACACACUCUGCGCAAUAAAGAUGUGAGGGUGGCAUCGAGGAGGACCCUGGAGCGAAGCCGCGGAGUUUUAAAAAUAAACACUCGUCCUAAGUUCCGGGUCUAG